CCCAGGUGUCGCGGGUCGUCGGCCGCGGCGGCCCGCGUGUCCCCCCAGAGCCCGCUGCGGUCACCAUGGCGAUGCGGGAGCUGGUGGAGGGCGAGUGCGGGGCCGCCAACCCGCUGAUGCAGCUGGCCAGACACUUCACCCACGACAAGGCCCUGCGCCAGGACGGACUGCGGCCCGGGCCCUGGCCGCCCGGGGCCCCCGCGCCCGACACGGUUGUCAAGCCUCUGGGAGCAGCCUCAGAAGAUGAACUGGUGGCUGAAUUCCUACAGGACCAAAAUGCACCCCUCGUGUCUAGAGCCCCUCAGACUUUCAAGAUGGACGACCUGUUGGCCGAGAUGCAGGAAAUGGAGCAGUGCAGUUUGCGCCAAGCCCCACAGAGAGCUCCCGGAGUGGCUGAUUUAGCCUUGUCUGAAAAUUGGGCCCAGGAGUUUCUCGCUGCUGGCGAUGCUGUGGAUGUGAGUCAAGAUUAUAACGAGUCGGACUGGUCUCAAGAAUUCACCAACGAAGGAUCAGACGCCCCGCCGGCCUCCCCCGCCCGCUGGGCCGAGGAGUACCUGCAGCAGUCGGAGGAGAAGCUGUGGCUGGGGGAGCCCGAGGGCUCGGCCGCCUCCGAGCGCUGGUAUGACGAGUACCGCCCCGAGGACGACCUGCAGACGGCGGCCAGCGACUUCGUGGGCAAAGUGGACGACCCCAAACUGGCCAACUCCCAGUUCCUGAAGUUCGUGCGGCAGAUCGGCGAAGGCCAGGUGGCCCUGGAGUCAGUGGCGGGGUCCGGCCGCGUGCAGGCCGAGCAGUGGGCGGCCGAGUUUAUGCAGCAGCAGGCCACCUCUGACGCGUGGGUCGACCAGUUCACCAGGCCAGCGAAGGCCGCGGCAACUCUAGACAAGGAGUUUGAGCAAGCCAAGUCAGCCAUAGAGUCGGAUGUGGAUUUCUGGGACAAGCUGCAGGCGGAGCUUGAGGAGAUGAGCAAGCGGGAGGCCGAGUCCCACCCCUGGCUCACCGACUACGACGACCUCACGGCUGCGUCCUAUGACAAGGGGUACGAGUUCGAGGAAGAGAACCCGCUGCGCGAGCACCCCGGGGCCUUCGAGGAGGGGCUGCGGCGGCUGCGCGAUGGCGACCUGCCCAACGCCGCGCUGCUCUUCGAGGCGGCCGUGCAGCAGGACCCGGAGCACGCCGAGGCCUGGCAGUACCUGGGCACCACGCAGGCGGAGAACGAGCAGGAGCUGCUGGCCAUCAGCGCGCUGCGCAGGUGCCUGGAGCUGCGGCCCGACAACCGCACGGCGCUGAUGGCGCUGGCCGUGAGCUUCACCAACGAGUCCCUGCCGCGGCAGGCGUGCGAGGCGCUGCGGGACUGGCUGCGCCACCACCCGGCCUACACGCACCUGCUGCCCGAGGGCGCGGGCGCCGCGGGCCCGGCGCAGGGCCGGCGCACCGUGGGCUCGCUGCUGUCCGACUCGCUGUUCACGGAGGUGAAGGAGCUGUUCCUGGCCGCCGUGCGCCAGGACCCGGCGGCCAUCGACCCCGACGUGCAGUGCGGCCUGGGCGUGCUCUUCAACCUCAGCGGCGACUACGACAAGGCGGUGGACUGCUUCACGGCCGCGCUGGGCGUCGCGCCCGGACGACUACCUGCUGUGGAACAAGCUGGGCGCCACGCUGGCCAACGGGAACCAGAGCGAGGAGGCGGUGGCCGCGUACCGCCGCGCGCUCGAGCUGCAGCCGGGCUACGUGCGCUCGCGCUACAACCUGGGCAUCAGCUGCAUCAACCUCGGGGCGCACCGGGAGGCGGUGGAGCACUUCCUGGAGGCGCUGAGCCUGCAGAGCCGGCCGGGCGCGGCCCGCGGCGCGGGCGCCAUGUCGGAGAACAUCUGGAGCACGCUGCGCCUGGCGCUGUCCAUGCUGGGCCGCAGCGAGGCCUACGGCGCCGCGGACGCGCGCGACCUGCCCGCGCUGCUGGACAUGUUCGGCCUGCCGCACUGACCCGCCCGGCCCCGAUCGCGGGUGGCCACCCGCUCGCCCGCCCUCGGUGCUGCUCUGGGACUUCGGGGGCGCGGCCAGUGGCGUGGGGUGCGCCUGCCCUGCGCCCCUCCGCUGUCAGGAGGGAGAUGGUGGGGGUGGGGCCGGGAUGUCGGGGCCCCUGCAGGUUCCCCGGGUGCUGGAACGCGCCCGGCCGGGACUAAGUGGCGUCCCCGGGCGCGGCCCCCGCCGCGGCCACGGCGGCCCGGAGGGCGGUGCAAGUGUCUCCGACCCGCUCGGCCCCGAAGGCCGAAGGAGCUUCUAGAAGGUUCUGGCCGGCCUGGACUCCGCCGCCCGCGAUCACGGACUCCGAAGGUCGCGGCCCGCGCCGCCGGGAGUUUAUUUUUCUCUACAUGAACGUGUGCAAAUGACCGAAAUAAAAGUGUGAACUGUG